CACUUUCAAUAUUUUUUUCCUCUUGCACUCAUUUGUUUUUCUUUAUUUUAUUCACAUUUAGUGAUAGAUAAUACGUAUGUGGACUUAUAUGGAACACCAAAAUUCAUUCUAGUGCUUGGUUCUUCUCUCUCUCCCUCUCUCUUUCUUCAAUGCUCUCUUUCUCUCUCUAAGAAACCAUUUUUCUUUUUCUUUUGCCAAGAAACCAAUAAGGUUUGUCAAUCGUUUCUCAAAUCCAACUAAUACCGAGUUUCAUUCUUGUUCUUCUUCUUGGUCUACAGUUUCUGAAUCUGGUUUCUUCUUCUUCUUCCUUCUCCUUGAUCUUCUUCUAUCCAAUCUCAAGAUCCCAAAUCUUGAAAUCUCUGAGAUGGCAGGAGGAGUCGGAUUUGGGAGGUGAUGAGAAAGAUCUGGUGUUAUGCGGAAGUAUUUGGGAAGCGAAGAGGCAAAUAGUAACAGUGGAAGAAUCAAAUGUUCUUAUCCACUGAGAACCCACCAAAUGACCCACUUUCUUCUUCUUCUUCCAGUUUCCUACAUCUCACCACUUCUUCCCAUGAGUUAGGUCAAUCCCAUCUCCAUAAUUUCUCCAUCAGAGAUUACGCAUACAGUAACCGGAAGAAGAACAUCAAGAAAAACUGGCCAUUUUCCUCUAAAAGUCUCCAGCUUUUUUCAACUCAUGGAGUGACUGAUCCUUUGCCACCGUUUCAGAAAUUUUCUACAGUAAGAAACCAGUUUGAGACCACGGCUUGUUCAUCGUCAGCGAAGCAAGUGGUUUUAUCUUAUGUCCACCAAGGAAGAGAUCUGGCUAAACUUGGGCUAGAUCAGACAAUAGCAGAGACUGGUAAAGCAGUUUGUACCCAGUCGAGGAUCAUCGACAAUGGUUCGUAUAAGAGCGCAAGUGUUUCAAAGUCUAAGGUAGAGAUAGUAGUAGCUGCUACAAGUAACAACAAGAACAACAGCCAUAGUAGAAAGUGUGCGCGAGGAAUGAUGAAAUCCAAAGAAGAUAGUUCCGGUGGCCUUGUGGCAGCUUCUGAAUCAACCAUGGCUUCGAAAACAUGUCCUAUUUGCAGAACCUUCUCUUCGGCUUCCAACACUACUUUGAAUGCUCACAUCGAUCAGUGUCUGUCUGUUGACUCGGCGUUGCCACCGGUUGUAAGUAGUAAGCCGAGCAAGCCUAGAGUCAAGCCAAGGAUGAAAGUUAAAACGAUGGUUGAUAUUUACGCUUCUGCCAAAGGAUGCACGUUAGAGGAUCUUGAUAAAAGAAAUGGAACAAAGUGGGCGUCGAUUCUGAGUUAUACGAAUCGGGUUGUUGCUGAUAAGUCUGAAGUGUCCAAGAAGCGGAAAGUUUCUCCCGUUGGCGUUGGUCCGGUUUAUAUUGAUGCUAAGGGGCAAAAAUUGCGGAUACUGACAGAGUUCAGCGAGAAGAAGGCCUCUUCUACUACUACUACGUCGAGAGAGCAGCACGAGGAUGGUGGUAGUUUUGAGAAGAAAAGUGUAAGCCAAGGUAGUAGAGAAAACAGUAAAAGCUCGAGGAAAAGACGCCGGGGAAAGAAACAUCACAAGUUUCUUAAACUAACCAAUCACAAAGCCAAUGCUUCAGAGAAGAUACCGGAGAAUCAAAGAGGGUUUCUUGGAGAAGGUAGCAGCACGGGUCAUCGUAGAAUCUAUAAUCAGCGGAUGUUAGCGAAACGUGGUUUUGUUUCAAAGAAGGUAAAUGAGAGAGGAGAUAAAUUUUGUUCUUUGCGGGAUCAGCCAUCUGAGGAAGAUGAUGAUGAUGAUGAUUCAUGGUCUGGAGAAGAUUCUUCUCCUUUAAAUAGAAAGAAGCUGCGGAGCGUUGUUACUGGACGGAAUAAAAGUUUGUUUGGGAGUAAAGGAGCUCAAAGAGUUCGGAUGAGUGACAAGGAAGAGAAGUCACUUGCAGGAGUUCAUCAUUUAGACACUGUACAAGUGAAGAAGAGCCUUGCUUCGAUUCAAAAAGAUAAGUAUCCAAAUGCCAGAGAGGUUUCAGAUGCGUCUCCUCGUGCAAGUAGCAUGAGAAAGUUGUCCCCACCGUUUGUAUCAAAUGGCUGGAGAAGACUCUCUCUUCCUGUGGAGGUAAAGAGAGCUCGGUUGGAUUUGUCAGAGGAAGAAGAUGAAGAAGAAGAAGAAACUGGGAGAUGGGAAUCUGAAAUGACACAAGAACGUGAACUAUCAGAUGAUGACUAUGUUUCUGGUGAUAAUGGAGAAAUAAACGAGGUCUUAAGGAGAUCAAAACCUUCAUCUAGUGGUUACGAUGAUUAUGAUGACGAAGAAAGUAGUGAAGAGGAGGAAGAAGAUAACAACGAAAGAGCCAAUGUGUUGGACGAAACAUAUGAUACUGGUGCUGAGUUCUACCACUCAGACACUCCACCAUCAAAUGAAAUCAUACCUAGCGAGAGAGCAAUGUAUUACUCCGAAGAAGUUGGGAAUAUGAUUUACGGACAAACCACUUGCGAGGAGGAUGUGAGGUUUGAUUCUCAGGGAGGACAAAGAAGCUUGUUUGUAGAGGUUGAUACCAUUCCCAUUCCAGGACCUCCUGGAUCGUUUUUACCGAGUCCAAGAGAUAUGGGUUUUGAUGAGAAUCUUGGAAACUCUUCGGUUAUCACAAGCCAGCUCCAAUCUUCCAUGGAUCGUCUUGACAGAAACUCAUCUGAAUCACCUGUUUCUGCAGUUUCAAACUUUGCAGCUGGUAGAUUGAGUUUUCCACCCGAGUUAACUUCUUCCUUCCGAGAAAAUAUCUCCCCAGACAUUCCUGCUUCUUACUCGACAACCCCGAUGAGCUUUUGUCUUCCGUCUGAUCCCAUUACUCUCGACAAGACAUCACCACCUUCCAGAGUUAGGAACAGCGAUCACGAGUCUUGUUGUUGCCAAAGAAAAGAGAGAAUCUCCGAGGGCAUUAAUUUGAAUCGUCAAGCAUCUCAUCUAUUGCAGAGAAGAGCAGCUUCUUCGACAAUCGCCAUGAACUUUACCAAAUCCCCCACACGUUUGGAUCCAAACCAUCCGUUUGAGCAGUCACCAUACAUGAUCCAGCAAGAGUUAGAUCUUCAGAGUAAAUUCUCCAACAGAGCGAGUUUCAUUGGCGCUGUUGUGCCUCCAAGUCCUUCGAACCCGGUUUUGCGUUUAAUGGGAAAAGACUUGAUGGUCAUGAACCAAGGAGAAGCAGACAACGAAGAAGCAUCUCGGGCUAGCUUAAAGCCAGCUCCACAGUUUCUUGAUGUUCCUCCUUGCGCUGGAACCGGCUUAUACUUCAACACAGGUCUCUAUUUGAGAAACAGUUCCGAGACAACACAUCAACCACAGACACCCAAUGCACAAGCACAAGCACAAGCUUCAGCAUUCGGAAACAAUUUUGAUCAUGUAAGGUACUUUUCUCCGAGCUAGUCGUCGUAAAGUUUGUGCAGCUUACGAAGAAGCAGAGAAGCGGAUUCUCUUUAAAAACCGAUCAUCGAACAUGGGUGCUUUGGGAUUUAAGGUGGAUUUCGAAUGUUCUACGGCAUUUUCUAUGCUUUUAUCUCUUUCUAUAGAGACUUUGUGUAGUCACUGUUUACUAAAAAGAAAAAGCAAACACUUGAAAAUAACAAACACUCUGUAGAAGGUAUGAACUUUAGGCUUUCAUUGCCACCAAAGUUGUCUAAAAGCUUAAGAAGGUUAUAAUAUUUUAGUUCAUCUUUAUGAUUUAGCCAUUGUAGUAAGAAUGCGUGAGAUUAAUGUAGAUUCGGAAGCUUUCAAUUUAUACAAAAAUAAA